AUGAGCAAUUUCAAAGAAUAUUUUGAGCAAAUAUUUAACCCUCCUAAUGUAGACGGUCUUAAUAUAGACGAUUUUCAUUCAGAUGUAACUAUACCUGUAUUAGACGAUCCAAUUACUCCAGCUGAGGUACAGACUCAGGUAAAAAGGUUAAAGCCCAAUAAAGUCAGUGGACCUGACGAUGCUGAUGAUGAUGGUUAUGAAGAUGUUAAUGAUGCUUAUGGAAAUGAUGAUAAUGAUUAUGAAGAUGAUGAUUAUAAAAUUGAUGAUGAUGAUUAUAAAAUUGAUAAUUAUGAGAUUGAUGAUGAUAAUGAUGAUUAUGAUGAUGAGGAUGAUGACAACGAUAACACGUACAAAGAAAAAAAAGCACAUUUAUAUUACCUUAGUAACACUGAGAAAGAGAGCAAGAAAGAAAGAAAGAUGGUUGAGUCAAAUGAAAAUCAGAGCGAUGAUGAAAAAGUCAAGAGAAAACCACUUAAAAAGAAACAGGUUCCUGAAGACAUGAAAAGUUCCAAUUGCAAGACUUCCUCAGUGGAGGCUGUUCCACGGUCCAACGGUGCGCGGAAUAAAGGACCUUUGGAACUGAGAGGUUCCACAGCGAUGCACAUCAAUUCCAUACUGGUGCUGCUGUUCAGCGAGUCUGGUUGUUCUCGGCAGGAAAACGAGAUCAGGGAUCAAUUGCGAAUGUGA